GUCCUCUCUUCUAAAACGUUUCAAAUAAAUCCCACUCCGACUUUUUGUCAACAUACAUAGGUAGAUAUUAAACUGCCUAUCUUUAAAGUUCAUACACACAAUAUACAAAGUACAAACAAAUUACUUUAAAUCUUCCUCGACGUCAUUCCGCAUCAUACCCUAGCAACAAACGAUAACCUUUCUACUUUCGGACAUUUUCAGACGGACUUCUCUACCACUGCAUCCGAACACAUUUAAUUGAAGGCUUCUUACCCACCAGCAACAACUUCUGACACAUACCAUCACAACUCAUUCUCGUCGCGCAUCGUCAAAAGACAUGGCGCCUUUCAUCGAUCAAGUCGGCGCCCAAUUGGCAAAGCGCCAGCGAUAUUGCAACAAUGGAUACUACUAUGACAGAUGGGGCAACUGUUACAGUGCAUGGAGUUGGUAUGGCCGCUGGAUUUUCGCGGCCGUAGUCAUCGUUCUCGUUCUUGCCAUCUUCAUCCUAUGGGCAUGCAUCAACUCUCGCCGUCGCAGACGCCAAGGCCUUCAGCCAAUGUAUGGCACGGGUUGGAUGGCUGGAAAUCGGGGCCAGAACGCGUACUAUAACAACCCUCAGGGCUACAAUAACCAACCUCCUCCUCCCCCUCCGGCGUACGGACAGGCCUACCCGAUGGACAGCCAGUACACCGGAACUACAUUCAACCGCGACGAUGGAUACUACGGCCAACAUGAGGGUGUUGUGCAACCACCAAAGAAUGUCUACAAUAACAACAACAGCGGCGCCAAGACUGACUACGCACCUCCCGAGGGACCCCCGCCUAACCGAUAGAUCAGCAACGAGAACAGACAAGUGGAGAACGACAAAUUUCGGACAUACCUUGAUUGAUUUGGUGGUGUAAGGCGUUCAGUUAAAGGGUCGGUUGCUUACUAGGCGUUGGUGACGAUGAUUGGCAUAGGAAAUGAUCAAGUUGUAUGUCUGCAUGAUGAUGCACGUCGUCGGGAAGGGUCACGGGUGGGCAAGAAUGAAUCUCGUUCAUUUGCCUUCAUUCAAGCAGGUCACUUUACGUGUAUCUUGAUCAUAAUACCUAUUGAUUUCUGGGCUAUCCCGGAAACUGUCUUUAGGUCUUCACUCUGUGAAGUUCACAUUCUAUUAUGAUAGUUGUCUAAUGACACAGGCUUUUACAACCUGUAA